AUGAGUUCGGUGGGUGGAAAUGCAAAUCCGUACUUGGAAAGUGGCUUCCACUCCGCUUUCUAUGAUGCUGGUCUCUCCGAAGUUGAUCGUGAGGAGAAACAACGACUUAUUAAACAGGUUUUGGAAUUGCAACACACUUUGGUGGAUUUGUCUAAGCGCGUGGAUGCAGUGAAGGAGGAAAAUGCUAACUUACGCACUGAGAAUCAGAUAUUGGGGCAGUAUAUUGAAAAAUUGAUGGCCACAUCGUCCAUUUUUCAGUCCUCCUCGCCACCACUCCACGGUGCCCACUCCACCACCUCCUCAUCUGCCGUUGCGUCGUUCAUUGCUGAGAGCGUCAACAACUCUGGCGCCGUCUUUCACUACGAGGAGGGCUCCGAGUUAGCCAGUGAAGACGACAUCGCCUAA